AUGACCGCAUCAAUCAAGGAUUGGGACAUUUUUGGGCCACAAGGGUGCUCUGCUGCAGACUUCUCUGCAAAGGUAUGGGACACACAUACGGGCGAGUGUCUGCACACACUGCAGCAUUCCCACAUUGUUCGAGCUGUUGCAUUCCCUGUUCAAGCUGGCCCCCAGAUCCUGGCUACCGGCGGCAUGGAGAAGAAACUACGCAUCUUCGACCUUUCUCGAGCACAAGGUAGUAGUUCUUCCUCUCCUACGUCGCAAAGCGGCUCGGGAACUGCAAACGGAGCAGGCUCAAGCUCAAACUCUGCCAACACAAUGAGCUAUGAAAUCGGGCCUGGCGUACAUACCGGCACCAUCAAAUCCAUUAUCUGGUACCAGGACUACAACAUCCUCGUCACCGCAGCUGAUGAUCGGAAAGUACGGUGGUGGGAUCUUCGCUCCCGUCAUCCAUGCGCGGAGUACUCUGUAGAUGGAAUCAUCGGCAGCUGUGAACUGAAUGCCGUUUCAACCACGCCAAACGACCCGGGCGUGUUGAGCGUUGCCGCUGGAAAGUCAGCUUACUUUUUCGACCCCGUUCAACCUGGUCGACUGAUGAAGAAAGCGGACUUCUCAUACGAACUUGCUAGUGUUGCUGUAAAUAAGGCUACGAACCGGUUCGUCACCGGAAGCACGGGUGAUACCUGGGCGCGCGUUUACGAUCUCGAAACGGAUGAAGAGCUAGAGGUUCAACGAGGCCACCACGGCCCUAUCUGGUCACUUAGCUACUCCCCAGACGGAAAGAUUUACGGUACAGGAAGCGAGGAUGGAACUAUCAAAUUAUGGAAAGCAUGUAGAGAGCCAUAUGGUCUAUGGAGAUAG